CCAAAUUAGUCCACAAUCAAACCGCUGCUUCUCCGUCGUGCUUCGUCGCUAAGCCUCCGGCCGCGUUCUCCACACCCACACCCGAACAAAUCCGUGGGGACUGCGAUCCCCAAACCAGUCGCAACUCUCGGACCAGAAGACACCGGCCGGCCGGCGGACGGACGGAGGAACCCAUGGAGGAGGCCUGCGAGAUCGCGCGCCUGCCGGAGGAGCUCCUGUCGGCGGCGCUGGCCCGCACGACCCCGCGCGACGCCUGCCGCGCAGCCGCCGUCUCCCCGGCCUUCCGCGCCGCGGCCGACUCCGACGACGUCUGGGCCGGCUUCCUGCCCCCCGGCGGCCUCCCGCCGCUCGCCGACGGGGAGCCGCCGGCCCCCGCCCUGCCCUCGUCCAAGAAGGAGCUCUUCCUCCGCCUCUCCGCCGGCCCCGCCCUCCUCCAGGACAAGCUCGUGAGCGUGUGGCUGGACAGGGAGACCGGCGCCAAGUGCUACAUGCUGUCCGCCAGGAACCUGUUCAUCGUGUGGGGGAACACGCCGGAGUACUGGACCUGGAUCCCACUCGAGGACUCUAGGUUCUCCGAAGGUGCUGAACUCGUGAAUGUUUGCUGGUUCGAGAUCCAUGGGAAGAUACAUGGCAAGAUGCUCUCCCAAGGCACAACCUAUGCAGCCUACAUGGUCUUCAAGAUGGACGAAAAUUCCUAUGGGCUGAAUUUUCCUGUCCAGGAGGCAUCGGUCAGUUCCGGAGCAACCAACUUGACCCGCAAGGUUUGCCUACAAGCUGACGACGGGGACGAGGACGAGUACGAGUACGUGGAGGAGGAGGAUGAGGAGGACGAUGAGGAGGAGGAGGAGGAUGAGGAUGAGGACGACGACGACGAGUACUAUCGGGCGCUGACGGACCGGCGCGUAGUAUCUCACAAAGAGAAUGUCACGUUCCCUCAGAAAAGAGCCGACGGGUGGCUGGAGCUGGAGCUGGGCGAGUUCUUGGACGAGGGGGGCGACGACGGCGAGGUGUCCAUCAGCCUGACGGAGACCAAAAGUGGGAGGUGGAAGAGCGGCCUCAUCGUGCAGGGCAUCGAGAUCAGACAUAAGAAAUCAGGCUGAGCGAGGCGCUCCCAGGAUUCAUUCAACCCGCCCGGGUCAAAAGUAAAUGAAUAACGAAAAGCAUGUCUUCUGUAAUGUGUGUGUUUUUGAACACUUAUCCUUUUGCUGCAAAUUCUGCGCGCAACUUCUUGUACAGACUAUGCUGCGCAGAUGAGUUAUGAGUGACAGACAUUUGGUUUGGAAAGUGUAACUGGAGGCAGUGGCUGCCGUUGUAGGCCUUUGGUUUAGCAGCUUUGCAGCAUCUGGUUAUGUGA